CGUAUGGAUAUAAGUAGAAAUGUUUGUGUACGUGACACUAUAACAGCGGUUGUUUCCAUGUUGGAUAAAUCCCAAUCUGCGAGACCAAAAAAAGGCGAAACGACUUGUUAUGAAAAUGUAAUUGAAAGGGAAGAAGAUGGAAUGUAUAAUAGUUUGCCGAAUGUGUUUUUUCGUGACAACCAGAGAGCAUCGGUAUUGAAAGAUGUUUUUCAGCCACUUGAUUUUAAAGUCAUACCUUGGCGAAUGGAAGCAGACAGCGUUCAAAGGACAAUAGUUCCUUUAUCCAUUGAAUACUGUGAAUCUUUGAAAUCGACAACGGAUGCCUGCAAUAACUGUGAAAAUCGUCCAGGCGCUGGCGGUAGUGGCACUUUUAAUAACAAAUUGGCACUAAACGAAAACUGUGUAAAUGGUCGUUUGGAAAUUCGAGUUAUACCGCAAGGGACCCUGCUGAGAGCCGCUAUUCACCUCCCGGAAAGGUAGGGGCCUUAUAUGGUCCCAAGGUUAUCUCAGUUACUAGACCAAGGCGAAGGUUGACGCCCUUAUGAAGCAAUGCGUUCAGAGCCGACCAGCACAAAGAUCGAGUCAUUUCAACCUACACCUACCACACCAAUUCAAUGACGACGAGAGGGGAACGUACAACGAGCCCUACCAGGGUUUUAACGGAACGGAGGCAGCCUUGGCAUUAACCCAUCGGCCAUUUCUGCAGGGUGUCAUGCCUGCAUACUCAGAUGACAGGAUACCACGUGCACCAGCCCAGGGCUCAAACCAAUCCAUCUUAUAAGCCCGGAUUAUUAAAAAAGUAAUCUCUUUUUCGUCUACCCUAUGAAAUUUAAAAAAAGCCACAAAUGUAAUAAAACGUUAAUAUUAAAAUUAUAUUUAGAUUAAAUCACUUGCAAUGACAUUUUA